AUGGACACUAAGGGGCUAAUACAGAAAAUUUCCAAGGAAGUAGAAAAAACUAUAAAGAAGGAAUUAAACGAAUUCAACCAAUCUCUGCAAUUUCACAGUACGAAGUUGGACGAAGAAUUAGGUUGUAUUGAUGCCUUUAAAAACACCAUAAAAGUUUUAGAAAGAAAAAACACGGAACUAAUACACAAAAACAACAAUCUGGAAUUGAGGGUAGGUGCAUUGGAGCAGCGUUUCCAUGAGAUGGAACAGGAGAAACUUUCUAAUUCUAUAGAAAUAGCAAACGUCCCCCCUGCGAGUGAAGAGAAUGUGAGAAAAUUAGUUGAAAAUGUAGUAUUAAAACUUAAACAGCCCUUCGACGGUAUCCGUAACACAAUGCGAUACCAAGGUAAAAACGACCAACCGGGCAUUAUACAAGUAAAACUUAAUGAUAAAGCAACCCAAGAAAAGUGGAUUAAAGCUGCAAAAACCAUUAAAACUAUGGUGGCCGAUGUUUGCCCCUAUGAACCCAACAAUAACAAAAUAGUAUUCAUCAGGGAAGCAAUGACUAAAUACAACAAAAGCAUUUUAUGGGAAGCCAAACAGGAAUUAAAGAAUAAACAAGGAUAUAAAUACGUAUGGCUUAAAAACGGUAUGGUGCGUGCAAGAAAGGAUGAAAACACUAAAAUACAAAACCUAAGAUCAGUGUUGGAUAUACAAGUGCAAAAAAAAAGACAGAAUGCCAAUUAA